AGUCGAGCCAUUGUCGUCUACCGAGAUAAAAGGUUUUUCUAGAUAGUGGCAAAGUUGUGUCCCAUUAUCAGCUUCUAACCAGCAAACAUAGUAUCUCAACCCAACAGAUUCUUUUCGAAGAGGACGUGAUUCUGGAUUUCAUUUAUCGAUCAUCAUCCAAGGACAAUUCUUACAAAUAAAGCGUUUAUACCAUGUCUGAGACAGAUACGAUACGAGGGCCUAUCCAGCAGCCCCAACAAUUUCAAGCGCAACGUCCGCCACUUCAGACGCAACAACCGCAACCAUCUGUUCAACAGAAUUCUGUACGACCAAAUGUAAAUCCUGUACAACAAGGUGUACGACCACCACCACCACCAUCACAAAUUAGUGGGCAACCGCCAACAGCGGUUCCUCAACAACGACCCGUACCAUUACGCCGUGCUGAUAGUAGAAGCAGCAUCCAACCGAAUCAGUUUGUGAGUCAACAGCAACCACCUCAACAAAGACCUAUUGCACCUGCUCCAACAAAUCAACCGAUUCGCCCUCAUAUUCCACCAAGUGGUGGACAGAAUUUUCAACCACAGGUACAGCAACAGCCUUACAGGCAGCAAAGUCCAGGCACCUUAUCUCCUCAGCAGUCGUCUAAUCAGCUUCACCAAACCAGACCAAAUUAUUCUUAUCCGAACCAACAAAACCAACCAAACCAACCACAACAAAACCCGCAAGCAAGGCCGACAUUUCAACGUCCUCCAGGACAACAACAACCACCUCAAUUCCGGGCUCCCUAUCCUCAGCAAGGACAGCAACAGCGACCACCUCCAAUUCCUCAACCUCAACCAGUAAGGAAUAUGCAGAAUCCAACAAUGCCACAGAGUCCUAAAUCUACAACUGGUUUCGAUCGUCCUGACUUCACCAGUCCUACUGAUGUGAACAAAAUGAAUGCAUUGAAUAACUCAUCUUUCAACAACAAUGACGACGAUGAUGACGUUAUAAUGGGAAAAUCAUCAACCCCUCUCAAAAAACCCAUUGAUCCAAUGACACAAUCGCAAUAUGGAUUCCUCGAUAAUAAACCUCCCAGCAAUGGUUUCAACAAGCCAGAGGAAGCUACCAAACCGCCUUCCAAUACGAGUUCUUUCAUGGCAUCCAAUGAAAACAAGGCAAACAACGAUACAUCAGGAUUUAAAUCUUCUUUCUUGGAGAAUUCAGGGUCAAAGUUUGAACGCAACGACAGCUCCGAUUUAUUAGGGUUGAAACCAAGCACAGUUCGCACCGAUCACCCACAUGAUAAUCAUGGAUCUCGUGAGGUUAACAACAAACCAUUGGCAUCAUUUGCAACUACUGAUUCAAAGCCUCCAAUUUCCUUGAAUUCGAUAAUUGACGACAACGAUGUUAAGCGCGCAAUUCCCCAACAGAAUAAUCCUGCAGAAAAUGUAAGAGAUUCUCAAAGGGUUGUCGAUAAUAUUCAGAAAAAUGUGAAGGAAGCCCCUCGAGGCAGACCGCCAGUUCGAUAUUCAAAAGGUGACAACGAUAGUGGCGUAGAUGAAUCGACACAAGGAAAUGAUCGCAAUGGACCAAAUUCUCCAGGAUCUCCAUUGAAAUCACCCACGAAAAAUGCUAGCUCUCGACCAGCCAGCACCACCCCUUCUACAAAGUCGAAUAUUUCGAGAAGUGCGUCCAGAUCAAGAAAUCUCAAGACACCAGAACCGGAGGCCCCGAAGAAAGUUCCAAUGAACAAGGUUCAAGUUGGACAUGCGCCUUCACCAAAUUUGAAAGCGGUUCGGUCUAAAAUAGGAUCUUUGGAUAAUGCGAGCUACAAGCCCGGCGGUGGAAACGUUAAAAUUGAAACUAAAAAGGUUGAAAUUAAAGCAGCACCAAGAAUAGAAGCGAAGAAUGAUAAAUACAUGCCCAAAGGCGGUGACAAAAAAAUAAUUUCAACCAAACUUCAAUGGAAUGCUAAAUCAAAAAUUGGUUCAUUAGAGAAUGCUCAUCAUAAGCCUGGCGGUGGUGAUAAAAAGAUAGAAACAGUAAAAACUGACUUUAAGGAUAAAGCUAAACCGAAAGUCGGCUCGAAGGAUAAUACGAAACACACCCCUGGAGGUGGUGAUAUUAAGGCUAACGAGGGCAAAUCCGAAAAUAACAUACAAACUCAUAAGCUAGAAAUUAAGGCACAAAGUAAGAUUGGUUCACUGGAUAAUGUAAAGCACAAACCAGGUGGCGGAGAUAAGAAAAUAUUUGACGACAAGGAUUAUUUAAAGAAUGUUGAGCACCCAGUUGCACCAACUUCACCCACCACGCAGAGUCCUGCACCACCAUCGAUGACAUCAUCAACUGGUGCUGAUGAAAAUUUGAAUCAACAACAACAGCAACAACAACAAAGUUAAAUAUGCAAAUGUUUAUAAAUUGUUCAUAAUAAGAUGAUGGUUUAUUAAUUUUGAAAGCAACUAUUGUUCCCCUUUGUGUUCUGACAGAAACUUACCUAGAAAUACUUGUAAUUUGAGAUUGAAAAGUAAAAUACUUUUCAAAUCAUGUUAUAAUUACAAUUUUAAACCCUCGAUGACGAAUAAUUCAAAGAUGUUUUUAAAGUUAUAUGAGAUGAAAACUAUCGUAAAUAGUAAUGUUGAUGAAUGAAAAAUGUCCUUCUAAUGCAGUCAUUCCUUCCAAAUGUUCCGUCACUUUCAAAUUCUGUUAUUGUAAAUUGAUUUUCCACAUGCUUAUCGAUUUCAUUGGAGGUAGCAGUGAGGGGCCAAAGUUUUAAUUUUCGUUGAAAAAUACAAAAGAACAUACAGACUAUUUACCAAACCGCUCAUCAAAGAUCAAAAAUCGCCUUUCAAUGUGCCUGAGACAUUUUUAAGUUUACAACAGCGGCCAACUACCAUUCAGUUAUGCUUAUUCCCAUAUCGCAAAACUAGACUAAAUUAGGCAUAUCUGCUGUAAUCUAGCCCACUCAUCCUACAAAAUUUUCUUUCUCUCUUAAUUAAAAAAAAAAUCAAAAAAUUAAUUCACUGUAACCACACAUCCUAAAUCCUUUUCCAUUACUUGGUCUAUUGUUUCAAUACUUCCUGGGUCAAAGUAGGUUACACUCUUCUACGAAACAGUAAUAGAUAUAUCGGGUUUGAAAAACCUGAUAAUUUUACCAAAUUCAUUUGAAGUGAAUCGUUACUAACUCCACGCUUAGAUAAUUUUUAUAACCAAAUGGAAUUAGCUUUCAAUUUCACAAGUCCACCUAAUUAUCAAACACCGAUAUAUCAUUAUAGUAAUGUGCCUAUUCAAUCCAAACUAUAUUCCUGAAAAUGAAAACCACCAAAAUUUUGUACAAAAAUCAUCAAAAAAAAUCUUAAAUUUCAUUUGUGAGUAUUCAGUCAUCGUUCCUUCAAUUCAGUCUUUCGACCCACCCACAGAUACAAUUUCUUAAUCGGCCAGAGGAGAAGAAAAUAUUAAAAUCGUAACAAGAUGGUCGUAAAGUAAAAAAAUAAUAACGCGCUUGCCUAUUGUAGUUCAAUUCAAGUUAUUAUUGCUUAUUUUUGUAAUAUUUGUAUUAUUGAUUGAAUUUGUUGGAUAUUUAGACGCAUUAGAUUUUGCACAGCGCUGUAGUUGCGAAGAAUAAAUAUGCAAAGUAAAUUUGAAAGCUGGAAUUUUAUAAGAAAAUCAUUCUCAAUUGGAUUUUAAUAUAUUGUUAAGCAUAUUUAACAACUUACAAAUGCUUAAUGCAAAAUAAUUUUCUAAAGAAAGUAAAAAUAGCGAAAUAAAUAAUGAAAGUAAUGUAGAUUAUUAAAUCAAUUCAAUAUUGUAAUCACCGAUUUUUGCAAUUUCAAUAUUGUAUCUUAGUGUUAUUUUUUUCUAUUAUUAAUAACCGCCAAAGGUUUUGUAUCAUUGCUGUAUGCGUUAUAAUCAUGAACACAUAAUAUCCUGAAUAUAUACAAUACAUUAUUCUGGCAACAAUAAAAACAUCCCGCAACAUAGUACUGAAUGAAUUGCAAAAUAUAACUGGACAUUGAUAAUCGUCAAAAGAUUAAAAUAGAAAAUAUAAUGAAUAUGAUUAGGACACGAUAAUAACAAUAAGUUUUGUAGCAAUUUAUAUACAUUUACGUACACUUAUUAAAUUUGACAAAGAUUUUUUUCUUUAUUUAGAUAUUUAAAUUUUAAGACAACUAUACAUAAAAUAUUAUUUAUAUACGAAAGGGCAACAACAGAAACAGACAUAAUACAUUAUUGAAAAAUAAAAAAAUCUAUGUUUAUGAAAUUCGUA